UAUGAACAAUACGAUCUUAUAAAAAAUAGAAUCAACACAAUGUUUACUGAUCACGUACCGGUAUCCCAAUAGAUAUUGCGUCUGGUAUUGAAAUGGCAUAAGUGAAUCCGUGUUAUUUGCGUUCUAGUUUGACACAUGCACCAUUUCUCCUCCCCCUCCCCCCGACACCAUCAUUCUCUUCUUCUUAUAUAUUUUCUUUUUCUUCAAAUCGUUAACACUUUCUUUCUCCUCACAGUAUAGAUUCAGUUAUCGCAAUGAAAGUGAACACAACAUAUCUUCCACAGUGCUUGUUCUUCCUUGUCCUAUUCUUCCUCUUGUUUUUCUCCCUGUUCAUCUUUUUUAUCCUAGCUUUCUCAACCUACUAUGAGAUACCAUUAGAUUCUCCCUCUUCUCAGUCAUAUUAUCCCCCUUUUAACCCUCAUCCUUCUUCUAAUUUCCCUGUUCAACUUUCUACUUCUUUUUCGUCCUCCUCUUCUUCUUCUUCUUCCUCUUCAUCAUCAUCAUCCUCUUCCUCUUCUUCAUUUUCGUCUACUUCUCCUCCUUUCACUACUUCUUCUGCUGCACCUCCGCCUCUUCAUCCAUCACCUCCCCCUCCACCUCCUCUUCAUCCUUCGCAGUCUUCCAUCCACCUUCUUCCAGAACGGCCUCUUCCUUCUUACCAUCCUCCUGUCCCUCCACCACCCUCUGUUCCUGAAUUUCCUUAUUCGAAUCCUCCUCUGAUUCCUCUCCCAUCUGAUCCACCUCUCCCAAGGCUUCCACUAUCUCCUCUUUCUGAGAUCGCUCCUCCAAUCUCAGAUUCUUCCACCACCAAAGCUUAUUCUAGUCAUACCCCUGUAGUUUCUCUAGCCUCUGAGGUUUCUCUCCCACUUGACCCUGAAGUUCCAACAAAAUCCGAGCUUCAAAUUCUUCCUUCCUCAUCUACAUCUGUAGUUUCCCUUUCGAAUUCUUCCCUUUCUGUCCCUCCACCUUACAACUCUUCUGUUCCUGGAGUGAUACUCUCUGCUUCUAAUCCUCAAAUCAUUCCUGGAGUGACUCAACCUAGUUAUCCUUCUAUUCACUCUGGGCUCCCACUUUACAAUUCUUCUUCUCCUAUACCAUCCAUCCCUGAUUCUCAAACCAAUCCUGAAGUGGAUCAACCAAGUUAUCCCUCCACUGAUUCUGAGCUCCCACUUACAAAUUCUUCUAUCCCUGAUCUAUUUCUCCCUGAUUCUCAAACCAAUCCGGAAGUGACUCACCCUAGUUAUCCUUCCACUUACUCUGAGUUCCCACCUUCGAACACUUCCACUCCUGGAGAGUUUUCACCUGAUACUGAUUCUUCAUCCAUCCAUAAAGUCUCUCAAGAGACUUCCACCGACUCUGACCUCAUAUUUGAUGAUUUCCCUCUGGUUCCUGAAGUUACACUUCCUGAUUCUUCCCUCACAGAUCCUGAAACUUCCCUCCUUGAUUCUGAGCUACCUUCUUCAGACUCUGAGCUACAUAUUCCAGAUUCUGAGGAAUCUCUUCCAGACUCUUCCAUUCCUGAAACUCCACUCCUAGAAUACUCCCCACUUUCUGAUAUCCCACUCACUGAUCUCCCUCCUGCAUCCGAACCUCCAUCUAUCUCUGGAAUAUCUCCUAUUCCUCAACCUUCACUUUUUGAUCGUCGGUCCUCUCCUAUCAUUCCAAAACUUCCUCUACUACCUGUUCCUAGGCUUCCAUUACCCUCAUUCCCCCACCCCAACCCUACUAGAAAAUUGCUAUCCCCACUUGUUCCUCAAACCUUCAGUAGCCUUCCGUUGAAACAUUCCAAUAUUCACUCUGGUCUUCUUGCAUCUCAUACACCUCCAACCAAUGGGAACCUUCAUAGGAAUUCAAAGCUCAAAUUGAAAUUCCCCACACCUUCGAUUCAAGCUUACUAGUGCCGCACUGUAGAAUGUACCUAGUAGUUCUUGUAAGUUAUUGUUUCCCCAUCAAAUUCUUUACAUUCUUCGUCGGCUUUUCUUCAUCCUCUUUUACAUCAUCCUCAUAAUCUUUUUCCUCUUUCAAAUACUUCUAUGUUUUCUCAACUCCAAUCCUCAUAGCCUUGACUAAACCUCUAUUUUCAUAAAUUCACUUGCUGGCAUCAACCUGAUAUUUAUUUCACUCUAUUUCUUUUUUUAACAAAAAACUCCUUGUCAUAAAUAAUAUCUUCCAUCCCAACAAACGUAUUCCAAAUUGUAACUGUUUACCUCCAUCCAGUCUCAAACCAAUUUAAAAUCAACCUAAUUGAUAUGGAACCCUCAACUAAGACGAAAGUGAUACUUUAUUCAGAUUAAUGAAUAAUAAAAUAAGAUGGGCUUUAGAAAUCAGCAUAAUUCUCAACUUGGUUUUUUUCUUCUAUGGUUUUUACUCGAAUGACGCCAGACUUCAGCUGCGUUUCAAUCCUCGUUAUGGGACAAAUGAUAAUGCUGUGGAUGAAUAUAAAAAGCUAAAAAAGUUGGCCAUGCCUGAUACAGCUGAAACUCAUGAGCCGACUUCCUGCGAGGUAAACUAAUUUC